AUGGACGACGACGCAGUAAGGAAAUCCCAGGAAACACCAGCUGCAUUUCUUCACUCGGUCGACGCCAGAAGCAACAAUCAAUCUCAUCUGGUAUUCCCGGUGUACGAACGAGAUAUCUUCAAGAUCGGGCGAGACAUUCGCUCAAAUUCAUUAGCCAUCGACAAUGAUCCAGACAUGCUGGUUUCCCGAAACCACUGCGAGAUUUAUGUUGUCGUAUAUGAGCCAACUAUCAAUCACAUCUACGUUCGGGAUCGCAAGUCUUCCAACGGGACCUUGGUGAAUGGAAGGCUCAUUGGGUCUGGUCCUGAAAUCAGUCCCGGGUACUUGCUGCAGCAUGUCGCUCAGUAUCAACCAUCUCCUCGCCAUGAAAUGACAGCGCUACAGCAAGAGGAGUGCAAGUUGUUUGCUAGCAAGUAUCAAGUGACUGAUCAUUGCCUCGGUCACGGAGCAGAGGGAGCCGUAUGUCUUGCCAACGACGUUCAAACAGGAAAGCAAUUGGUCUGCAAAUUGGUCAAUCUGGAUAAAAUUCACGGGAAGAAUGCUCAAGAUGAAAUACGACGCAAGUUCCAGGAGGCGGACAUUUUACGCCAGCUGCAUCAUCCCAACAUCCUGUCUUACGUGGAUGCCAUUUCCUCUCCGCAUACACUCUAUACAUUCACCGAGCUUGCUUCCGGUGGUGACCUCAUGUCGUUCAUUAUGCGGCGCGGCAUUGUCAAGGAGUCAGAGUCCAUAAUCAUCAUUCGCCAGGUGGCUCGGGCUCUCGCAUAUAUCCACGAGAAAGGCAUAGUUCACCGCGAUCUUAAGCCAGAGAACAUACUCCUGGCUUAUUCUCCCAAAAUCACCUGCCAUCGAGUAAUGCUCUCCGAUUUCGGUACCUCUGCUGUCCCUCGACGAAGCAGGAUGAUUACAAACGCUGGCACAGCAGGAUACCAAGCACCGGAAUUUGUAACGACUGGCGAAGCCCAUACGGCAGCCGUUGAUAUAUGGUCCUUGGGCGUUGUUGCUUUUACGCUCUUAGUAUCUGAUCACCACGAUGGAGUGCUCAAUCAAAUGACCGAAGAGGAGAUUCGCCAAUACAUCACGCAGACCUUCAGCCUAUUAACAAAACGACCUUCUCUUGAUGCGGCUAAAUUUGUCCGAAGCUGCCUGCGGCUGAAUCCCUUGCGCAGAAUCAGCGCUCACGAAGCGAAGAGGCACGAGUGGCUAUAUGGUAAAAAGAAGAACGUGGAACUUUUCAAGCGACUGGAUAGAAGAGUCAUAUCUUCCUGGGAACCUCAGAAUGCACUCAGACCGAUGCCUUGGUCGUUGCCUGACCUUGUCCCGCCGCCCAGGCAUCGGAAACAUGACUGCUACAGCUUGAGAGAUGAGUUGACUUACACAAAGGGGACGCAGAAGUAG